AUGGGUACCAGGCUUGUCCUUUUUGUCGGUGUUUUGAUUUUGGCGGAUGUUAGCCAAAUGAAAUCGAGGCUGGAAGACAGCAGAAGGAAUUGUUCAGAUAAAACUUUUAAAACUUGUGCAGUGGUAACCUUGCUCAGAUGUAGCGUUCAACGAUCCUGUGGAAUAACGAAAAAGAACAGUGAUGGGAUUUGCGGCACAGAGUUUGACGACCCUCAUACGUUAUGCAUGAAAGCCGGGAUUGAUAAACUUGUGAAUCCUAUAGAAAAUCUAAGACGCGAACGUGAAAAGCGGGACGUAUAA